CACCCCUCAAAGACAUCCCAAAUCUCUCCAAUCUCCAACUAAAUUCCAAGACUUUAACCUUUUCGACCAUUUUCAAUUUGCCUCCUGAUCACUGGCUUACAUACCAUUUAAGAUAUUUUAGAGGCCUAAGAGGGCUAAGUCAGGGCUUAUUGGAUAGUCUUGUUCUCCUUUUCACCCGCUUCGGAAAGGGAGAGGUUGUACUCACUGCCCCACCAAACAGCUCCGCCUCGUUUGUCCUACAUCUAGCUACAUCCAGCUGCAAGACUAGUUAUCUAAUAGGAUCCUUAAGUCCAGAGCCUCUCAAGUACAAGUAGGACAUAUUACCACUUGUGAAAUUACACGCUGCCGCAGAAAAAGCAGCAGCCUCAACCCCUUCUUGCUCUAAACAUCUUAAGUCUCACCAACCACCGUCUCGAUGGCGAGCGACAAAGACCCCAUCACCUGCCAUGUCUUGGACACUUCAGUGGGCAAGCCAGCAAAAGGCAUCCGUGUGAAGCUGGAAGGCGGCCAUGCUCCGCUCAAGACCUUCGAAUCACAGACCGAUGACGACGGCCGCAUCAAGGCGUGGCUGCCGUACUCUAGCGCCCACGCUUCUGGAGAUGUUCCAACUUUCUCCAUAGACGAUGUUUUAAGCGAGGUUGAGAGCCAGUCCACGUGGACCCUCCGCUUCGACACCGGAAGCUAUUUCGGCAAAGGAAACACAUUCUUCCCUGAGGUCCUAGUCGCGUUCACCGUCGAGAAGGGCCAACAUUACCACGUCCCUCUACUUCUAUCUCCCUAUAGCUAUUCGACCUACAGAGGAAGCUAGACGACAUAUUGGGGGAUUCGGAAGCUAAGUUCUGCCCAGGGGCAGCAGGAGGAUCUUCUGGUGUUCGAGCUACAACAUACUACGGAUCAUGGCGUCAAUUCGGCUUGAGUCGGAAAGGGGCGGCUUUAUUUGGGUCCUAAGAAUGGCCUUAGGAUAUCGUCGACGAUUUACUUCAUAUGUAAAACCUCUUAUUCGAUACAGAAUUGACGGGCAAGAGCAUAGCAAGGGGCCGGGACCUUCGUUAGGAUCUCAUUAUAUUUCAGCGACCGAAAUAAAAUUGAAAAUACAAUUACCAUUUCCAUACCAUGU